AUGGACGACCUCGACGACUUAGACACAAGCAAAACACACAACACUCAACCUGACCAAACGUCAGAUGCUGAGACGUCCCUUCACCUAUACGCAAGAGAGCUCAAACGCCUGAAGAGUACUAUUGGCGACAAAAUCCUGGCACAGAGCAUGGCCAAUCAUGCUCUUUUGGAAAAUGCUGAUGGUGAGGCCGAGAUAAAUUCGACUUGUUGCGGAAGGAAGAGACCGCGACCGUUCGCGCUGCAGUGUGAGGUGUGUAGCGAAGAGAAAGAAUCCACCGAAGUCUUUCGUUUAAAUUGCGAUCACCUCUACUGUAAUGAGUGUUUACAGAAACUCUUCGAAGGGUUAAUGACAGACGAAUCGCUUUUUCCUCCACGCUGCUGUCGAAAGACAAUUGAUAUCGAGAACGCCGGAACGUUCUUGACUCCAGAUAUUAUCAAGAGGUUCAACAACAGAAAAAUUGAGAUCGAGACACCCAAUAGAAUCUACUGCAGCUCGAACCUGUGCUCGUCGUUUAUACACCCAGACAAUAUUACCGCUGAUGUCGCUACUUGCCAGAAAUGUGGAAUCGUCACUUGUGCCAUCUGCAAGACAGAGUCACAUGCUGGUGACUGCCCCAACGACCCAGCCAUUCAAAGUCUUCGGCACCUCUCUAGUGAAAAAGGAUGGCAAAGCUGCUACAACUGUAACAGAAUCAUCGAACUGACUACAGGGUGCAAUCACAUUACGUAUGACCCCCUAGCACUGGCCGAUAAAUCAAACAUACUAACUUUGAAAAAAGUUGCUAUUGCCGUGCUGAGUUUUGCUACCAGUGCGGCCAUCAAUGGCAGACAUGUUCGUGCCCACUGUGGGAGGAAGAAAAUCUCCUUCUCCGUGCUGCGGAAGUCGUAG